ACAUCACAUGAUAAUGUUAUAAGAGAGAGUAGCGAUAAGGAUAAGGAAGACAUUAAUGUAGGACCUACGUAUAAUGGAGCAUCACAAUCUACGUAUGAUGAAGUAUCGCAAUCAUUACAAAAAAAUGUAUCAUUAUCAAAAUCGCGCAAAAAUUCAAGAAAAAGAAGUUUGAAUAAUGGUGAUGAUGACAAGUUAUUCUAA